UGGAAACUGUAAACAAAUGAAGUGAAUUUUGUGAAAAAGACAAAUAUUGUUGUCAAAUUUUGUUGAAAAUGUCAGAUUUUGACGACGAAGAAGGUGUAGAUGAACCUGUUUUAUACGAUGAUGAUGAGGAAGACGAUGCAGACGAAGAAGUGAGUGGAAAGUGGCAACGCUCUUGCCUUCUUGGCUUCUUGUUUACGUGGUUCAAAGCAUCUAGAUUUCUUUCUUUUGUGGAAAACACCACGUUAGUUUGUUUCAUAUAAAAUUUUCGACCUGUAAGUGUGGAUCUUCAUCAGUGUGAAUAAUAUGAUGAAGAUCUGGGAUCGAAAUAUUUGCAGAAUUAACUGAUAAGCAUGGUGUUUCUUUUUUUAUAAAAUAUUUCAAUUAAAUGGUACAAAAUUGGUACUUUACAGUUUAGUGUGGGAUUCAAGUGAUGGUGUGUAUUGUAAUGGUGUGUGUGUGUCAGAAAUACUGAUACAGAAGCAUGGCCUGUCAGUGUCAGACAAUGUACCAAUUAAUAGAUCAAUAAAUGAAAAAGCCAUUUUUAUAAUUUAGAAAGUUCCUGAGAAUCCAUUGACAGAAGAAGUGCUAGCCGAGUCGUUGUCAUUGUUGUGUAAGACUGGAAAUGGCUUGGCUCAUGCUUAUGUGCGUUUGGAUGUACAUGAUAGGUAAUGCAAAGUUUCUCCAUGCAAACUUAUUACUGUGAUCUGUAUCAUUUGUACCUAAUUUGUAAAAAGAUCACUAAAUUCAGUGGUGUAGCCAGGCCGACAAUUUAGUCCCACUAUGCAAAUUCAAAAUUAUUAUUUAUUUAUUUAGAAAUUGAUUGUUUUCACUGUCAAUGAACACAAAAAUAUUUGCAUAGCAGGACUAAAUCACACAAAACGUACUCCAAAUAAAAACAUCUUGUGUGCUCAAAAUUGAAACAUGUAUAAAAACUCAGAUCUUGAGUGCACAAGAUGUAUUCAGAGUAUUUUUUUUCUUUAUGUUUCAGAGAUAUGACUGACAUAAGUAUAUUAAACUGCUUCAUCCAUCUCAGAUAUGUAGUAAGUAAUUAAUAUUGCAGACAGAGAAGAAAUUGAAACUUGCUGAUCAUGUACCUCUUGUAGAUGACAAUUAAAGCAAAAACCCAAACUCAAUGAGUGAAUUUGCAUAUACCUUGAGCCAGUAUAAUGAGCCACUAUCCGGUUGCAUGAUUAUUUGGCUAUUUUAAAGCUUUAUCUGCUCUCAAGCAUAUCAGCCUUUUCCAAAAAAAGAUCACAGUGCAUUCUGAGAUUGUUUGAAGGGACAAAAUAUAUGGUGACAGGCGUCAAAUAUGUGAAAGAUUAGAAGUAUCUAGUACUAUCAAGUAUCAACUUUUUAGACAACCAAAAAUGAAAUAUCUAAACUUUUAAUUUAAAUGUGUGCUGCCAUAUUUCUUGUCCCUCCAACAUGGGAUUUGCACGACUAGACCCAGGACUUUGGGAAAUCCAGUAUCCCCUUAAGCCUUAGUAUCCCCUAACCAGUACUCCGUUUUGUAUGAAAGUGCUAAUUGGAAAUUAAUUUAAUAAAUUUUAGGACAUCAGUGGCAAUCAACUAAAAGACAUAUCUUCAUUAAGUUGUCUCACUCACCUGUUGACAUUAAAAGCUGAUAAGAACCAACUCACAUCUGCAAGAUUGGACAAAGUAUGCAUUUUUUUCAAAUAUAUUGCUCUUCAUGUUUUAAAGUGCAAAACAUUCACCUUUUGAUGAGUAAAAUUAUGUGGUGUUACCGUUUUAAACAGUGUAAAGUAACGAAGUAGGGUGCAGUGGGGCGUAUUACAGCUUGUUAAUAAUCUUGCUAAUUAAUUACUAAUUAGUAAUAUUAACUACCACUAACUGCUAAUUAGUAACAUUGCCAAAUUCGUGUUAAUAAUGUUGCUAAUUAAUUACUGAUUAGUAAUAUUAACUACCACUAACUGCUAAUUAGUAACAUUACCGUUAAUAAUCUUGCUUUAUGUUUCCACUAGUUACCAUAUCUUCAGAUUGCCAACUUUGCCAACAACAAGAUUGAGGACACGAAAGGCAUUGAACAUCCAUUGUUGGAAACCCUGAAUCUUUCUUGUACGUAUCAAACUCUUUUUUCACAAUCAAGAAAUUUUCUCAUGUUUUGCGCCGCGUGAUUCUCUUUGAUCUUGACCUGAAUCCCGUGGCGGAACACCUAAUUAUAACCAAAUCUUAAAUGGUAGGACGAUUUCUUUGCGUUGUAGUUAAUAAUAUUUAUGAAGUGACGGACUUCGAUCCAGCUGCAUUGUCACGACUCACCACUCUGGAACUUCGCAAUAACAAACUGAUAACAACGAAUGGUAUUGGAACGCUACCGAAUCUACAAAAUCUUUACUUGGUAAGAGAUUAGGACUAACCAGUUUAUGGGUGCAUGCGCAGUCAUCAGGUAAAGCCUCUUUCACUUCGAAGAUCGUGAAUUCGAUUGUCGUUGUUGACUCAUGACACUUAUGUGAAACAAGAACGUUGUGUUGAAAGUCGUGGAUUUUCUCCCGUUUCCUCCCACAGGGAAUGUUCGUGGGAUAAAUCCCAGCCGGACUAACUCUUCCAGUCGUCCGCCGUGCUACGUGAUGAAACAUGAUGAUUAACACUCCUCCUUUCCGAUAUAAAAUAUCUAAAAUUCUGUAUUAUCACCUAGGCUGCAAACUCACUAAAAUUCCUGGAAAAUUUGGAUCGAAUGCAGCACCUUGUGUCUAUUCAUUUACGUGACAACCAAAUUGAGAAACUGGAUGGUUUUUCAGCGAACAUGAAAUUUGUUCAGUACUUGAAUUUCAGGUGAAAUACAUGAAACAUAAACAAUUUCUGUUUAAGUGACAAGCCAUUAAUCUCUGGUAACUCCAUGCAAGCAGACAAUAUCAUCCAUCACUUUCUCUCUGCUCUGUUCAUCUUGUCUUAACUAUUGCGAUCUGUGAUGCUCCUUCACUAUCUACUUUCUCCGCUGUUUUCAUUUACAUCAUUUCUUAAUAAAUUAAUUUUCCAUCUCUUGUCCUUUUUAUUAUCUUGCCAAGCAAUGCCUUCCAUCGCUUUUUUUCGUUGCCUGGAAAGUGUAGUAAUGUUCCUCGGAUCCUAGCUGAAUUUGCCUGUUUCAAAUCUUCCUCAAAAAUGCUUAAAAACAACGGAAAAUUCAACAAAGUAUACUAGACAGUAACUUGCAAUCAGGCCUAUAAAUAAAAUAGAGCCUGAUCUCAGGUUAACUAAACAGUAUUUAUGCUACAUGUUUCAACUGACAGAUAAGGGAGUAUGAUAUAAUGAUUCCUUAACUCCAUAAUGUAGGUGUGAAAAAUUGAAAAUGUUCUUCAAUUUUCUUGUUAAGGCAAGUGUACCUCAGGAUCCCACUUUUCCCAUUCCGUACCUUUUAAGCUAUUUUGUAUCCAUUCUACCGUUUCAUUAUGCUCUUCUCACGCAAUAUUUCUUCACUUCUCUCAUCAACUAAUGAGAUUACAAUAAAAUACGUUUCACAUCUGCACAUUAUCUGCCACUUCGUCCCUGUUAAAAUAUAUUUGGGAACCAUCGAACUGACAACCUAUAUGCAAUUCGUUUUAGAGGAAAUAAUAUAUCUGACAUAAAAGAAGUUCAGAAGCUUAAAUGCCUUCCAUUAUUACGAGCUCUUGUGUUAAUGGGUAAGUGGAUAUCAUCGCCAUCCUCCUGGUUCAAGUUCCAACAAGUGUUAUGAGAUGAUGCUCAAUUUUGGAACUACUGCAUGACACUUAACUAACUUAAGCCUAUUUUCCACUAGGCGAAUUUGUUCGCGCACAGCAAAAAACAAAUCUUGGCAAUGAAUGUGAUUGGUCAGCGAAAACAUUCGUCGCGAUAAAGUUGGAUCAGUUUCUACUUUUUUACUGUUCGCGCGAACAAAUUCGCCUGGUGGAAAAUGAGCUUUAGAAGGGGCAAGAAAAUGAAACUGUCAACUAUUUCAACGAUAUCUAUAAUUUCUAUUUAUUUCCAAAUACGUAUAAUGAAAAGAAUUGUCAUCCAAGCAAGUACUUAGUGAAAGCCAUGUGUUAUUUUCUGUUCCAUAAGAGAACCCAGUAGCAGAUGAAGACGACUAUAGAAUUGAGGUGCUCAUCAGUUUACGACGCUUAGAAAGAUUGGAUAAAGAUGAUUACACUGAAGAUGAAAGACAGGAGGCUGAGGAGGUAUAUCUUUCUCUUCCGAACUCAUGUCAAGUAUUAGUCUCCCGCGCAUACCUACGCAGCGGUUUCUAGGCCCCGCGUGGCUGAGGAACCGCUCAGUAGAUAUGCGCAGAUGCACAGGAGACUAGUCAAGUAUCAUCCUCGUUUCCAGGGCCUCUCGCCCUACCGGUACGCCCUGGGACACUGGCUUUAGUCGUCUAACCUAAUUUUCAACGAGUGACCGAGCUCUGGGGACGAGAAUAGUCAAGUAUAGGCAAUCCGUUUUUUGUCCAGUGUCACUGCAGGAGGAAACUGGUUCCUUGUCAGGAGGAAACUAGACAAUCACAUGUGUGAUGAGGGUCUCCUAGGGAACAAGGGAUAUUUUGCAAUAACGGGAAAGCUGAAAAUCAUAGCGAGGAACAUGUAAGAAACAUGGAGAAAUCUUUUUUGUCAAGGCAACAAAGGAAAGCGGGAACUCAACUCAUUUUAAUAUUAUUUAUAUUGUGCAUUUUUUGUUUUCAGAUCCACGAGCAAAGAAGACAAGAGGCAGCCCUGGCGGUAAGUUAGAUCAUUACAUGAUUUUCUCUGCCACAGCCUGACGUUCUUUUGUAAUGCAAGACGAUGUUGUCGUGAACAAGAGACAUUAAUGAUUCUAUUUUUAGGACAACACGAUGGAAGUAAUAGCUGAUGAAGAUGAUUAAAACAGCCGACGUUGACAUGGAAAGGUUAAAACUGAACUUCUGUUCAUCAAAUGCUGUUUUAACAAAGAUUUAACUGGAUAAUCUAAUACAAUAAUUUGAUGAGUGUGGAUUAGAUUUUUUUUUCUUGAUGGUAGAUUAUACACCAUUGGCAUUGCAGAUACUGCAUGUAAAUAUUCUUUCGUAUUGUGAUUUGUGUAAACCUAGUUUAAUUCUUGUUUGUACAAUAUAAUUUGUCUCUUUCUUCCAAGUAAAAAUAAUUUAUUUUUAAAAUUCUCUAAAAUAUACAUGUUUCUAAAACUCCUUUCAUCGACUUCGCAACUUCCGUCUGCUUUGAGUAGAAACUUUAGGAGGUUUCCCUUUUUUCUUUGCUUUAUAAAACUGCCUUUUAUCACAUUUCUUGCCAGUAUGAACUCCUUUCACAUGACAUGCAACGUGAACCAAUUUCAAGUUUUUCUUCGUGAACAAAAGAUCAUAAAAAUAUGGCCAGUUUACUUCACUGCCUUUUGGACAUUUUUUCGCUACUUCAGCUAACGUUGGUAAAACUUCUCUGGAUUUUUCAAUGCUACAAGGAUGGAAAAAUGUUAAUGCCACUAUCAUCACAGACAGAUCAGUUUAACAAUUGAAAUUUCUGAUAGAAAGGAAAGUGCUUCAAAAUGUAGGCAAGUCC